UCAAUCUUCCAUGGCAAAAAUUUUGAUUUCAUUAUAUUGGUGUUAACGCCUAGAUAAUGGUCCCCAUAGUUAAACAGAGAGAUUCCUCCUACCUGAAUGGGAAUAAUUUAGGGGCAACAGCUGCGGUACAUUUGGUAAAGAAAAGAAGUUGAUUUCUUUUCGCUGACGUCUAUAUAUUCCAUGAUUCCUUUAUGAUAACAUCUUUAUUUAGUUAGUGGUGAGAUUCCCAUAUCCCUCUGUGUACACAACAUUGUGAGCUACGCUUCUCUGCGAAAGAUGCAAUCUUGGACGCAAGACUAUGGAUCGUGGUGUGUGAGCUUGUUCGGCAGCAGCGACGGUGAUGCAGGAGCUAAGAAUUGGUGCACAGACGAAGAUGAUAAACAAAGCAGCGAGUGGGAGAGAUGGCUCGGAGCUGAAGAUUAUCAGUGGGUUGGCUAUGGUGCUUUGGAAGACGAUGUUGAUGCUAGCUGGCCUCUUGUUUGGGAUUGGAAUGUCCGUGUUGGCGGCCUCAGCAGCGGCGAAGGUGGUCCACAACACGCCGAAAACGGAACUGAGGAGGCGGACCACCCACCAAAAGCACGCAGUAUUCCAGGCGGCAUACAUACCAACCAUGAACCUGGAGCAGCAGGACUACCUGGAGGCCCACAACGAGCUCCGGGAGUCGGCAGGCAUGCCGCCGCUGGAGUGGGACGCGAAGCUGGCGGCGUCGGCGCACGACUGGGCGGAGAAGCGGCGCGGGGACUGCGACUACCGCAUGCACUCGAGCAGCCCGUACGGGGAGAACAUCUUCUACAUGAAGUACCGAGAGUUCUCGCCCAAGGACGUGGUGCAGUGGUGGUUCAGCGAGAGCAAGAUGUACGACUCGCGGCAGCUGCGGUGCCGCUGCGCCCCGGAGAGGGAGGGCUGCGAGUGCGGCCACUUCCUCAACGUGGUGUGGCGGGACACGAAGAGGGUCGGCUGCAGCGGCAACGUCUACUGCAACAAUCAGGGGGGUGUCUACAUCGUCUGUGAGUACGACCCGCCCGCGCUCUCUGCCGGAAAUCCCUUCACCCUCCACCACUAUUGACGGAAUGGGAUUUAUUGGUUUAGGCUUCAUCGAUUCUUAGUUUAAUAUUUUGUUAACCAGCUAAUGCUGUAUUUCGACUAUACAUUUUAUUUGCUUUCGGUUUUAGUAUUUACUAUUGUACUAUCAAUUUGAAAAAAACAAGACAUGAUCCUUGCUGGUUGGCCUACUUAUACUGAAGUGCGCCGAAUCAAAAUUAAUCA